CUUGAAAUUAAAACACUUGAGUUCCUCAUGCCAUCAGUCGGGCAGGCUACCCCCAGCCUAUCCCGUCGCCAAAUUGUGAAAAUUCAUCUGGGUUUUUCUCUUGGGCCCGUUUGAUCUGAAUUUUCCAUCUCAUUUUCUGGAAAAGUUUGAAUUUUUAUUCGGAAUUUUUUAUCUGGGUGAUUUGUAAAAAAGUUAUGGAGGAGGGUAGGUUUUGUCAGUGGAGUGUAAUCCGAUCGGUGUUGGCUAUUCUUCAAUGGUGGGGUUUCAAUGUCACUGUUAUCAUCAUCAAUAAAUGGAUCUUUCAGAAACUGGACUUUAAGUUUCCAUUGACAGUGUCGUGUGUUCACUUUAUAUCCUCGGCCAUUGGCGCGUACCUGGUAAUUAAAGUGUUAAAACUUAAGCCGCUCAUUUCAGUGGAUCCCGAAGAUAGAUGGAGGCGGAUCUUUCCUAUGUCAUUCAUAUUUUGUAUCAACAUAGUGUUGGGGAAUGUUAGCCUGAGAUACAUACCUGUUUCCUUCAUGCAAACCAUAAAAUCUUUCACCCCCGCAACGACAGUGUUAUUACAGUGGCUUAUCUGGAAGAAGUACUUCGACUGGCAGAUUUGGGCUUCGUUGAUUCCAAUUGUUGGAGGGAUUCUUCUCACGUCCAUCACGGAGCUCAGUUUCAACAUGUUUGGGUUUUGUGCUGCUUUGUUUGGCUGUCUUGCUACUUCCACGAAAACCAUUCUUGCAGAGUCUCUGUUACAUGGCUACAAAUUUGAUAGUAUAAACACAGUGUAUUAUAUGGCACCAUUUGCAACGAUGAUCUUGGCCGUGCCUGCCUUGUUGCUCGAAGGGUCAGGUGUCGUGGUGUGGCUCUAUACAUGCCCUUCUCUUUCCUCGUCUCUCGUCAUCAUAUUUGGGUCCGGAGUGUUGGCCUUUUGCCUCAACUUCUCCAUCUUCUACGUCAUCCACUCCACCACUGCCGUGACCUUCAAUGUUGCCGGAAACCUCAAGGUUGCUGUUGCCGUGACAUGUUCGUGGCUGAUCUUCCGCAACCCGAUCUCUAUGAUGAACGCAGUUGGAUGCUCCAUAACCCUCGUCGGAUGCACAUUCUACGGGUACGUGAGACACAUGCUCUCGUCCCAAUCGCCCGGAACCCCCCGUACGCCUCGGACGCCCCGGACCCCACGAAGCAAGAUGGAGUUGCUCCCAUUAGUAAGUGACAAAUUAGAUGACAAAGUUUGAACCUUGUUUGUAGCAGAAAACAGUAUUACUUGUAGAAAAUGGAAGAUUUCUUCUUCCUUUGUUUUUGGAUAGACUAUAAUCAAAUGGAGAAUGGAUUAAGAUUAUUACAUAA